AUCAUCAUCCUCCUCUCGCUCGCCCUCGUCACUCACGCUCUCCACUCUCAAACCCUAACCCUAGAUCUCGAAACCCUAAUCCAGUCAAAAUGCGUGAGAUCCUCCACAUCCAGGGAGGCCAAUGCGGCAACCAGAUCGGAGCCAAGUUCUGGGAGGUCGUCUGCGACGAGCACGGCAUCGACGCCACCGGCCGAUACCAAGGCAACAACGAUCUUCAACUGGAGCGCGUCAAUGUCUACUACAACGAGGCGAGCUGCGGCCGAUUCGUGCCGAGAGCGGUGCUCAUGGAUCUCGAGCCUGGGACCAUGGACAGCCUCAGAUCUGGGCCUUAUGGCCAGAUUUUUAGGCCUGAUAACUUUGUCUUUGGGCAGAGCGGCGCUGGGAAUAACUGGGCCAAGGGGCACUACACUGAGGGAGCGGAGUUGAUCGAUGCGGUUCUUGAUGUUGUGAGGAAGGAGGCUGAGAAUUGCGAUUCUCUGCAAGGUUUCCAGGUAUGCCAUUCUUUGGGAGGUGGAACUGGGUCUGGCAUGGGCACAUUGUUGAUAUCAAAGAUCAGAGAGGAGUAUCCCGAUCGCAUGAUGCUCACCUUCUCUGUGUUCCCAUCCCCAAAGGUCUCUGAUACUGUUGUUGAGCCCUACAAUGCAACUCUUUCAGUGCACCAGCUGGUGGAAAAUGCAGAUGAGUGUAUGGUGCUUGACAACGAAGCACUCUAUGAUAUCUGCUUCCGCACUCUCAAGCUAACCACUCCAAGCUUUGGUGACUUGAACCACCUCAUUUCUGCCACCAUGAGUGGAGUCACAUGCUGCCUCCGCUUUCCUGGCCAGCUCAACUCUGAUCUUCGCAAACUGGCCGUCAACCUCAUCCCCUUCCCUCGUCUCCACUUCUUCAUGGUGGGCUUCGCUCCCCUCACCUCCCGCGGCUCGCAGCAGUACCGUGCUCUCACGGUCCCUGAACUCACCCAACAAAUGUGGGACGCCAAGAACAUGAUGUGCGCUGCUGACCCCCGCCAUGGCCGAUAUCUCACUGCCUCUGCCAUGUUCCGUGGCAAAAUGAGCACCAAAGAGGUCGACGAGCAGAUGAUCAAUGUCCAAAACAAGAACUCAUCUUACUUUGUCGAAUGGAUCCCCAACAAUGUCAAAUCCUCUGUCUGUGACAUUCCACCCACCGGGCUUAAGAUGGCGUCGACGUUCAUCGGUAACUCCACGUCAAUUCAAGAAAUGUUCCGCCGUGUGAGCGAGCAGUUUACUGCCAUGUUUAGGAGAAAGGCUUUCUUGCAUUGGUACACCGGUGAGGGUAUGGAUGAGAUGGAAUUUACAGAGGCGGAGAGUAACAUGAAUGAUUUGGUGUCGGAGUAUCAGCAGUAUCAGGAUGCGACCGCUGAUGAGGAGGGGGAGUACGAGGAUGAGGAGGAAGGAGAGUACCAAGAGGCUUGAUGUUGAUUUUCUGUGUUGUAAGUUAUUAUAUCGUCUGGUAUUGUAGUGCAUCUGUCGUUAGUUUUCUACUUGGGAGAGUAGUAUGUUUCUAUUGUACUGUAAUGUUGCUACAAUGUUCAGUUCUAUAUCUCUCUCUUCAGGCUUAACUACCGCGUGUUCCUUUGAUAGAGGUUUUUGAUGGUUUGUCUGAAUAA